UCAUUUAUCAAGCCGCCUUUUUGUUAACGCCAUUAGUUUAUCUAAGAAUAAAGAGAAGCCUUUUCAUCUGGAAACUUUACAACAGCUGCUGAGGUUGUUUUUACUCUGUGACCACAAUGCAUGGACAAUGAUGAUGAAGCUUCAAACUAGAGAUGUGGAUUGGAAACUUCCUGCCAAAAGCUAACAGCAAUUACAAGUCACCCAUUGGCAACACGUUUCAGUUUUUCUCAUCACAUAAUCUAUCAUGUCAUUACCAAAGGAGUCAGGAAACCGAGGAAAAGAUCGAGAGAGAGGGGCUCGUCCCAAAGUGAGACAGAGCCGUUCUGAGGAGAGACGAGAUGCACGCAGUGGACGCAAAGGUGGAAAGGGGAAGAAAAAAGGCCAUGCUUCCUAUGAACCAGCAGCUGAGAGGCCUGUCAGUGAUGGCUUUCAGUAUGGUGAGCUGUUGAGUGACCUAGAGACCAGGGACCAAUCCUCCUCCUCUUCUUUGAAAGAGAGUUGGAGAUGGCAGGGUUUGGAAGCCGCUGCCUCAUUACUAGGACAAGAACAGGUAACAGUCAGGCCUGGACUGGGAACAGUUUGCUCUGCUACAGAGAAACCUGGCGAAAGUGAGAGUAGAGGGUCAAGCAGCACACGGACGCCCUGGCAAAAAAUCCAAGAUGCAAUGGGACAGUGUUUCCCAAUAAAAACUCACAGUGCAGCCGCACCACCACCUUCUCAAUCUCCGUCUCCACCUCCAGAGGCUCCUUCACCGUCAGCUGCCUGUGCAUCCUCGAGGCGCCUGAUCCACCUCAGUGAGUUGAUGUUGGAUGACUGCCCUUUCCCUGUAGGAUCAGAGCUGGCUCAGAAGUGGUACCUUAUUAAGCAACACACAGCACCCAUCACCCAGCCUCAUGUGCUUGAUUCCGAAGUCGUGUGCAGUGCGCCGACUUCGGCCAUGGCUGCUGUGGUGGAGGACGUAGAUGACAGGUUGCGAGAGCGCAGGCGCAUCAGCAUUGAACAAGGCGUCGAGCCACCACCCAACGCAGAGAUCCACACAUUUGAGGUGACGGCCCAAAUUAACCCUCUGUACAAGCACGGCCCCAAGCUGGCUCAUGGUAUGAGUGAGUUAGCCGAGGCCGAGAGAGCCUCCGUACAUCAGCAGCAGCAGCUCCUUCUCCAAAGACAGCAGCAGCACCAGCUCCUUCUGCAGAGCUGUUUGGACACUCUGGAUGAGGUGGUUGCCUCCGCCUCUGCUUCAGCCCCCUCCCAGACCUGUGAACCUAUCCCUGACCCUCUGGUUGACCCAGAGGUGUCAGCGACCAACGUGCCCUCCAAAGCCAUUCUUCCAUCGACCGAGGAUCACAAACAUCACGAUGGCUACCGCAUUCAUACUCAGAUUGAUUACAUCCACUGUUUAGUUCCAGACCUGCUUCAGAUCACGAACCUCCCGUGUUACUGGGGGGUGAUGGACCGCUACGAGGCAGAGACGUUGCUAGAGGGAAAGCCUGAAGGCACCUUUCUGCUACGUGACUCUGCCCAGGAGGGAUACCUGUUCUCUGUUAGCUUCCGCCGCUACGGCCGCUCACUCCAUGCACGCAUUGAACAGUGGAACCACAAUUUCAGCUUCGACGUGCAUGACCCCAGUGUCUUCCAUGCUCCCACCGUUACGGGGCUGCUGGAGCACUACAAGGACCCCAACUCCUGCAUGUUUUUCGAGCCCCUGCUGUCGAACCCCAUCUAUCGCACACAGCCCUUCACUCUGCAACAAAUCUGCAGAGCGGUCACCAGCAGCUGCACAACCUAUGAUGGCAUUAACAUGCUACCCAUUCCUAAUGCUUUGAAAAAGCACCUGAAAGAAUACCACUAUAAGCAGAGAGUACGUGUACGGCCAAUGGAUACCUGGUGGGAAUGAAGAAGAACUAAAAUAAUAGACUAAAAGGACUAAAAGAAACUACUAAAUACUCCCAAAACUGAACUGAACCAAGAGUUCUUCAUUCAGUCUGCCUGUAUUAACCUACACUGUUAACCUGCAAUAUACUUAUUUAUUUUAUUCCUGCUGUACAUGUCCUAACAAUUCUACUAAAUUACACUGAUGUUACUAUAUAAUCUCACUGAUCGUGUAGACGCAAAGUUCUUUAUGCUCAAAUUAAAGAAAGUUAUUUAGAUCAGAA